GGAACAACGUUUCCUUCCAUGCGAAGGAUUUCGCUCUGGUCUGCAUAAGGAUUUCGUUUUAUCUUCUGUAUGUUCUCGCGUCUCUUCUCUCUCCCGUCAGAUUCCAGUUGUACGAAGGUGGAGAUAGACGAUCCGGAUCGUCUCUUCAGUAGGUUGCCCGAAGGUUGCAUUUCUCACAUCCUCUCCUACACAACUCCUCGUGAUGCGUGUAGAUCGUCAACCCUCUCUCAUACCUUCAAAUUCGCGUCGGAAUCUGACACCGUCUGGGAGAAAUUCCUGCCGUCGGAUUGCUCGGAGAUUCUCUCAAAAUCUGUCAAUCCUGUCGAGUUCUCGUCGAAGAAGGAGCUCUAUUUCCGUCUCUGCGAUCCGAUUCUCAUCAACGGUGGAAAAAUGAGAGGACUUAUUGAAUUGAGUCGAGGCGUGACUAAGUCACUCGGCUUGAAAUCGAAUUUGCUCUCCUUGGACAACGUCCCAAGUGUAACAUUUUUCCAGAGCAAUCGACCUCCAGGAUACAACGACUAUGACCGGAUCCCAGCGGUGCACUCACUGUACACGGGCCCGAACCAUUUGCAGUUUAACCCGAAAGUGUCCAAGUUAUUUACAAGAAAGACUUCUGACACUAUAGCUACUACCAUGUCAGACUCAUUGCCUGUUUCUAGCUUUUCAAUUGAGAAAACGACUGGUAAGAAGUGUUUUAUGUUGUCUGCAAGGGAGCUUUCGAUUGUAUGGGGAGAUACUCCGAGCUACUGGAAUUGGAUGAAUCAUCCCCAAUCUAGGUUUGCUGAAGUAGCCGUGCUCAACAUGGUCUGUUGGCUAGAGAUCCAUGGGCUGAUCGACUCCUGCAUGCUCUCACCCAAAACGAGGUACAGUGCUUAUUUCGUCAUGGGAUACGAUGUGGGUUCAUAUGGGCUCGAGUCCCCCCCUGCAGAAGUGUCAGUUAGAUUAGGAGAAUUGUCCAAACACUUCGCCUUCCUUCAGUCCGAGGAGAACCGGAGGAAUCGGGACCAGCCAUUGAACAUGCUUAAUCACCAUCCUGAGGCAGGGAACGCAACACGGGUCCCACUCCCGAGAAGCGAUGGUUGGUCGGAGAUUGAGCUAGGAGAUUGCUACAAUGAUGAGGGAGAUGAAGGGGUGGUUAAAAUGAGCUUGUUGGAGGUGGCAGGUCGUCACUGGAAGGCCGGGAUUAUCAUUGAAGGCAUCGAGAUAAGACCCAAGGUGUAAGUUCAGUGUAAAUGGGCGCGCCCCACCUUGUGAAAUUGUCUAUAACCUACUUGUUUUCUUAACUAAAUGUCCACAACUUGCUUGAGAGUUCAAUAUUUACCCAAAAUCACCUUCUUCCUAAUCACUCCAUAUUUUCUUUUGACCUUUUUAAGUUCCAACUUAGCCGCCACGUCCCACCUGUGGAGUGUGUUUUGAACAUUGAAGUUACGAACAAGUUGGUUUUGGAAAAUUUUCCUAUUCUGUUGUUCCUUUAAUACAUGGUCAGGGUAGGGGCUGAGGCUUUAGAGAAACAUAUACAAACAGGUCUUUGUAUCUAUGACUAAAAUGGACCUUUGGCAUUGGCAUCUUCGGCCUUCUUUUUUGUUAACUAUAGUUUAAUUCUCUUUUGAAUUUGCUAUCAUUAGUUGUGUUCUGAAAGUUCCUAUAUUUGCAUCAGAGCUGAAUGAAUGGCCCAUUGUGAAAGAUGGGUCAGUGUUCUUGCUGGAAUGAAACUUGUUUAUUGUAUUCAACCCAUGUAAUAGACUAUUAGAUAGCACACAAAUCAAUCACUUGCCAUUACUGACUUUA